UGCAUGUUAUUGUUCUUAGAAAGAUAGAACAUCGUUGGUCUUCAUCUAGUCCAUCUUAGGUCGUCGUGACUCUUCCCGUUCUAUUUAGACUUCUUGGUAGUUGUUAGGAAGAGAAGACAAAGAAGGGUGGUCAACUAAACAAUGUCUUCGUCUGCUGAGGUGACAAAGACGUCCGACUUCAGGCGGGCAAAGGCACUGCUGGAGCCUUUUAUACUACAGCAGGCUAAGUCUGAUGGACCAGUUGCUGCAGGGCUAGAUCUUCCAUCUUCUUUGAUGCUGGACGAUGUUGAGACGCGGAAAGCGGAUUUGAGAGUGCUUUUCCGCGACAUAGACUGGAGUGGGAUGCGCGCUCGUGCUGAAGCGCGCAUUCGAUUGAGUGAGAUACUGGCAGAGUAUAACGAAACGAAGGAGUCGGCGUUCGAGCAACGAUGGGAAGAGCAGCAAAAUGAAGAUGUAGGAGAAGUAGCAGCAGGUGCAGGUGAAAAUCAUGAUGCAAGUGCAACAACUAUGGCUGCUGCAGCCUCUUCAACAACUAUGGCUCCUUCAGAGCAUGACGAUGACCUUGCGAACAAUUUCACGCAACACGGAUCAUCCGCACCUUCUCCGAGAACUUCUUCAGGACCUCCAUCCACAGAGAACCCUCCUCCACAGAGGAAGCGGCGUAUCGAAAACAGCUCAUGGGAAGAGUAUUCAAGGCUCCUUCCUCUGGCCACCUAUGGCGCAAAUAUGAGUCAGAAGGUGCUGGCUUUAUGCGAAUCCUUCGAUAUUCUGCGCAAAAGCUUAACGGCGCUGCUCAUCUGCUCUGAUCAUGGAGCUCCAUCUUCACCGUCUUCUCGCAGGAGAGCUCUAGCUUUCUACAUUCUGGAAAGUGUGGAGAAUCCUGAGGAGGCUUUGCGGAGACGGCAGGCAGCGGAAGAAGCAAAACGAAGGCGUCUGGAGGAGGAAAAUGCGAACCAAGCAGCGCGAGCGGCAAUUCAUGCGGAGGAAAGCAAGCUACAAGCACAGCAAGAGCAGCAGCGCAAACGCGAAGCUGCGAUGGCUCUUGAACAAAAACGCGCGGUUGAAGAGCAUGCCGAAGCCAUCGCGGAAGCUGCUCAAUUCGACCAUGACCAAAUGAUUGCUCGAGAACAAACGUGGCUGCAACGCCUUGGAAUAGCUCAGGCGGACACUUCUGACACAGCGCAGUCUACUGGCAUAGUAGUUCAGUCAACAAACUUGAUGUCCGAGUCCGCAGGAGCAGAGAGGAAAAACGCAGCUAGUGGGCUGCUCAACGACGCGAUACGUCAAAUGCUUCGCGCUCACUCUUUGGUAACCUUCAAAGAAAAAUGCUUCCCGCAAAUGUUCAGGAUUGUUGAGGCUCUCGCUCGUCAUCCAGAGCAGCACGCGAAUGUAUUGCGCCUAGAAAAUCUUAUGUUGAGAAAUCGAAAUACUGGCUGCAUUGGUAAUGGUAACUUAUAAUACUAAGCUAAGUAUAAUCAGAAUGUCGAUCAGAAUUUAAAUUCAUCUUGUUGUUGUACUGCGACGACAUGAUGGACAUUCAAGUUCAACAUAGGACGACGAAAAGGAUGACACGACCAGGUUAUAGAUCAUUCCUGCAAUACUACAACUACUGAGCGCACGCUCUAAGAAGAACGAUUUCAUGCGUGACUUUGGUACCAGCAUCGCGCAUCGCCAGUUGCUUUUCGCCUUAGGAUUUCGUCGUAUCGAGGACGCCCCGAUCGUCCUCCCAGACGGGACGACAUUUCCCAAGUUAUGAAUACAAACCUUGCACAUGCACUCCAGCUCCUUUGAUUGUUACGUGUUGUAAGUGAGUUUAGCAGGAACAAUAUAGGUAAAGCACUCCUCUUCUCUCGGAGAAAGUGUAGCCUCUCUCUUUUUCCAGCCUUUCUCUUCAUACCAUUCCAAGGGACCAUACUACUAUUUUCCUGAGCCAGAUCCGAUGGAGGACUUUGAAGGAUAUGCGAGUCAUAGUGAAAAUUUGGAUACGCUGCUUACCAUGUUUCAGCGAUUCCAACAACGCAUACACGACGUUUCGUCGGCAGCAAAUAAGGAUCGCAUAGCCCUUGAGAUGUUUGGAGCCGACUUCGCUUUGGCAUAGUGCUAGUGAAUCAAUUAUCAGUUGGCACAGUACGCGUACGAGUUGUUGUUGUACCUCCUUUUUACGCUGCUUUACGAUUACGACGAGAAUGCAGUACCAGCGCUACGACGAGAAUGCAGUACCAGCGCUACGACGAGAAUACAGAUCUAGCGCUACGGAACCGGUGUAUACGUAUCAGAUACUAUCUAUACAUAGUCACGACAUAGUCUCUAUAACCGUUACGGUUAAUACGACCCUGCACGGCCUAAAAAUUUCCGACGACGCGGCCGAUCUCUUGAGGCUGACACGUAUCACCUUGCACCUUUCCACCCAUGGCGUAAGCAGUACGGCGAUAUCGCAGAAUCUCUCCUGUGCAAGAAGAACAAAUGCUACCACACUUCACUUGGAUGAGCACGAGCCCAAGCAUGCCACUUUAUGAGGCUCACGUGUUGCGAAGGUGCACUAUCGGUAUUCCUUGUCGUGACGUUCACUCUUUUGCUGAAGAAAUCAGGAGAGGGUAUCCCUCUCCAAAUGCUGUCAGCCGCCUAAACUGGAAUAGGGCUCACAAUAGGGAGCACUCAGGGUUGCGGGAGGGUUUUCGACCCGUCAUGAUCUUAGCAUUUCGUAUCUCCUUUCGCCGAGCAAUUCAGUCUCAGUGACGCAAUUAUACGAUGAUACUGUGGCAAAGCCAACCAAGGAAAC